AUGAGGGGAAAGAAUUUGGGGAAAGGAGGUGCGAAGCGUCAUCAAAAGGUUCUCCGUGACAACAUCCAGGGAAUCACGAAGCCUGCAAUCCGUCGUUUGGCGAGAAGAGGUGGUGUGAAACAUAUCAGCAGCUUAAUCUAUGAAGAAACUCGCGGAGUUCUCAAGAUCCUUCUAGAGAAUGUGAUAAGAGAUGUUGUCACCUAUACGGAGCACGCUCGGCGAAAGACUGUUACCGCUAUGGAUGUUGUGUAUGCAUUGAAGAGGCAAGGUCGAACUCUGUACGGAUUCGGUGGUUAG